UAUUUUGCUAGAUUAUUAUACUGCGGGUUUUUGGUGGGCUAAAGAGAUGAACUUCAGCCUUAUACAGCUCUCAGGAUUCAUGGAUCUGUUACAUUUCCUGUUGGAGAACCUCCGUGACAAACAUAUGAGCUUAGGAGACAACUUAAAAGAACUUGGAAGAGCAAUGGCUGGAAUAGGAGAAACUGAUACAGAAAGCAGUGGUGACUUGAAUUUCUUCAGCAUCGAGCAAGCCAAAUCAGUCAUUGAUUAUUUGAAUAUCAGCUUAUUUAGACACUAUAAACUAUAUGAAUACCUCUUCCAUAGUCCAAGAGAAGAACUUGUGACAAGUAAUGAGGCUGCGAUAGAACUUGCUGAACCUGCAGAUCCUCCCUUCCCUGCUCUGCUGGAAGAAGGCAUACCUUCAGAUGUCUAUUCGUCAUUCAUACCAUCACUAACAGCUGCAGAGACAGGAUCUAAGGGUUCUGAUCAAGAGGAAUCUGAUCAAGGGGAAGAGUCCUGUCCAGAGGCAGAUUCCUUUGAGGCAGAUGCUGUGGCUGCUGUCACUGCCGAAGAUCAAAAGUCCGCAGAGUACGACAUCCCAAAUGAAAUUAUUGGCAACCUUGAGGCAGACAUAAAUGAAAAGCUGCAAAUGCAAGAAGCAGCUUAUAUUUCGAGUACAGAAAAAUUAAGAAGUCCUGAAUAGCCAGAUAAGAAAGGUGAUGUUGAAUCUCACAGAAUUGGA